AUGGCUUCUAACCAACCCGCAAAGUGCUGCACAGAGGGUGUGCGCCACGAAGGCGAGCCCACUGGCAAGAUGAUCAAGCUUCCCAGCGGUAUCGCUGCUUACCUUGCGACCGCUCCCGAGGGCAAGGCUCACCAGGGCACUGGUAUUGUCUAUGUCGCCGAUAUCUUUGGUAUCUGGAACAACAGCAAGCUCAUGGCCGACCAAUUCGCCGCCAAUGGCUACACCACUAUUAUCCCCGACAUCUUCAACGGCGAUGUGAUGCCCUACCCCCCGGUCGAUAUCGAUAUCAUGAGCUGGAUCACAAAGGGUGCCAACGGCGACAACCCCCACACUCCCGCUCAAGUCGACCCCAUUGUUGUCGAGUCUAUCAAGUACCUCCAGGACCAGGGUCUCUCCAAGAUUGGAUCAGUUGGAUACUGCUUCGGAGCCAAGUACGUUAUCCGCAACUACAAGGCCGGUAUCAAGGUCGGCUACGUCGCUCACCCCUCUUUCGUCGAGGAGGACGAGCUCAAGGCCAUCGAGGGACCCCUCUCCAUCGCUGCCGCCCAGACUGACAGCAUCUUCCCCGCCAACCUGCGACACCGCUCCGAGGAGAUCCUCAUCGAGACCGGCAAGCCCUUCCAGAUCAACCUGUACUCUCACGUUGAGCACGGAUUUGCUGUGCGCAGCGAUCUCUCCGACAAGGCCAAGGUGUUUGCCAAGGAGCAGGCUUUCGUCCAGGCUGUUCAGUGGUUCGAUGAGCACCUGAUCUAA